ACUCUUUUCCUCAUAGUUCCCCUCCUUGUCGGACCGUCCCAUCACAAGGCGAGGGGGGGGAGGGGCUUAACACAACAUCACCCGUGACCCGAAUGGAAUAUAGAUGACUUCUCUCUGGAACAGUUUUGGGAAUGCUGACAUUUCAGCCCAGAAAUAACGUUUUUCUGCUGUCCUGCAUGCGGAGCAGCGGUGCUAGCUGAAGUCGGAUUGUCAUCUGGAGCUAAAGUGCAAUGGCCAGUUCAGAAGAUGUGAUUGAGCCACUGGCUGUGAGCACAAGAGCACAAACCCUGGACCGACGGCGCUUUUCUCAUGACCUCCACAUAAUCAACCAAGACGAGUUAGAUGGCCUCAUGUCAAGGAAGGAGGGUCAUCACUUCCUGGUGGUUCAUUAUCUUCCUGAAAUAAAAGAAGCAGGCAAACCUUACCUCAUACCAGGUGUUCCUAUCACAUGCAGAGUGGACAACACAGAGAGACACACCACCCGUUCCAAGGUCAGGGUGAGUACCCUCUACACAGUGGAGGUGAAACACGGUCCAUUCCUCUGGACAGUGAAGAGGAAGUACAAGCACUUUCAGGAGCUGCAUCUUGACAUUUACAAGCAUAAGAUGUUGCACCAGUGGAAUCCUCUGGGAAGGUUUUCAAAGGAACGGCAGCGGCUGAGGUUGAUGACAGAAGUAAUGCCAAAUCUUCAUGGGAGUGAGCGAGCCAGAAGAACCUCCAGCAAAAUGAAAUUCCUCGAGGAGUACCUGAAUAACCUUCUUGAGAUUGAAUUCUGUAGAAAUGACCACAGCAUGAUGGAGUUCCUCUCUAUCAGUGCUCUCUCCUUUGUAGCUGAUCUGGGGCCCAAGGGCUUGGAGGGGCCUAUUUACAAGAGGUCAGGUGGUCACCGCAUUCAGGGUCUGAACUGCUUUGGCCAUCAUCAGUUCUGUCUCCGCUGGUCUCAGCGCUGGCUGGUGGUGAAAGACUCUUUCCUCAUGUAUAUGAGCCGGGAUAAUUGCAGAAUCAACUUUGUGCUGCUGUUUGACCCAGAGUUCUGUGUGAAAGUUGGCCAUGCCAACACAGACAUCAGAGAUGGCGUCUGCUUUGAGAACUUUACUCGGAGUUUAGUUAUUAAAUGCAACAACUUCAGGCAAAGUCUUUGGUGGAGCCAUCAGAUAAACCAGAUAAAAGAUGAGUGCGACUUUUGCAAAGUGCAAGACUAUGGGGGAUUUUUUCCCCCACGGGAAAACACUCUCACCAAGUGGUAUGUGAAUGGAAGAGACUACUUUGCAGACCUAGCUGAUGCUCUUGAACAAGCCAAGGAGGAGAUUUUCAUUACUGAUUGGUGGCUCAGCCCAGAAGUUUUUCUGAAGAGACCAGCAACUGACAACUACUGGAGGCUGGAUGAGCUGCUUAAACGAAAAGCAGAACAGGGGGUGAAAGUGUGCAUCCUGCUGUACAAAGAGGUUGAGGUGGCUCUUGGCAUCAGCAGUGACUACAGCAAGAGAACAUUGAUGGAUUUGAACACAAACAUCAAGGUAAUGCGGCAUCCUGACCAUUUAUCGUCUGUUGUCCUCUUUUGGGCCCACCAUGAAAAAACAGUUGCCAUUGAUCAAACUGUGGCCUUUGUAGGGGGGAUUGAUCUAGCAUUUGGGAGGUGGGAUGACAGUCAGUAUCGACUAACUGACCUUUGUUUGGCAAACGGUGAGAAUGAGGAGCAACCAGGUGCAGAGGUACAAGACACUGGUGCAGCUCAGGAUCCCCUUUUGGAAAACUCCACAAACCAGGAACCACUUGAUCUGUCUAGAAACACUAAACUUUGGCUUGGCAAAGACUACAACAACUUUGUCAAGAAAGACUGGGUCCAGCUGGACAAGCCCUUUGAAGACAAUGUUGAUCGCUCUGAGGUUCCCCGCAUGCCGUGGCGCGAUCUGUCUGCAUCCAUUCACGGAAAAGCUGCCAGGGAUGUCGCCCGCCACUUCAUCCAGCGCUGGAACUUCACCAAGAUCUUCAAAAUCAAGUACAAAGAUGACUACUACCCAUACCUGCUUCCCAAGUCUCACUCUGUCGAAGACCCGCUUUCAUACGUUGUACCAGGAUCCAAGAAGGCAAAAGUCCAGGUGCUGCGCUCUGCUGAUCGUUGGUCAACCGGAACAUGUGAGAAUUCCAUCCUCAACGCCUAUAUCCAAACAAUUGAGAAAAGCCAGCACUACAUCUACAUCGAGAACCAGUUCUUCAUCAGCUGUGCCGGCGAAAAUGUGUACAAUGGCAUCGGUGACGCAAUUGUAAAUCGAAUCUUGCGGGCUCACAGAGAGCAAAAGAAGUACAGGGUGUUUGUGGUUAUUCCUCUGCUUCCUGGAUUUGAGGGAGAUCUCACUGCAAACACUGGAAAUGCCAUCCAAGCCAUUUUGCAUUUCACUUUCAGGACAAUUUGCCGCGGAGAGCAAUCCAUUCUGCAAAGACUGCGUGAUGUAAAGGACCAGUGGACUGAGUACAUCACCUUCUGCGGCCUCAGAACGCACUCCCAGCUCUCCCAGAAGCUUGUCACAGAGCUCAUCUAUGUUCACAGCAAGACACUCAUUGCUGAUGACCGCUGUUACAUCAUCGGCUCUGCCAACAUCAAUGACCGCAGCAUGCUGGGCACCAGAGAUAGUGAGGUGGCCGUGCUUGUGGAGGAUGAGGAGAAGGUACCAUCCAUCAUGGGAGGAGAGCCGUAUCAGGCAGGCCGGCUCACACUUGCUCUGCGCAAAGAGUGUUUCAGUGUUCUUGUUGGUGCAACUUCAGAUCCCAGCAUCAAUAUAGAUGACCCAAUCAGUGAUGAUUUCUUCCAUAUGGUAUGGAAUGAAACGGCUAAACUGAAUUCUAGCAUUUACGACAAGGUCUUCAGAUGUCUGCCCUGCGACUCUGUCCGUAACAAGCGGGAGCUGAAGGAGCACUCCAGCCAGGAACGCCUUUGUGACACCAAUUAUGAGCAAGCAGCGGAAGAGCUGAAGGCAAUCCGAGGGAUAGUGGUUCAUUUUCCCCUGAAUUUCCUGUGUGAAGAAAACCUGCUGCCUCCUCUUAACACCAAGGAAGGCAUGGCUCCUGUGGAGAUGUGGACAUAGCCACAGUUUUCCAAAGAUCAUAUCUGCAGGAUAGCUCACAUGUUUGGACUAGCAUCUAUCACACUAGAUCGAAUAGUUACAUUAUCAGCACUUAUGUAAAUGUUAAAUUAUGUUAACCUUAAAUAUAUUUUAUGAACACGGCACUACACAGACAAACUAAUGACUGUUUGUAGAUGAAUCCUUGCUUUUCUUCCUAAUUAUGAAGGUAGUGUGUGCUUUGUUACAGUGCCACCUGAACACUGAGGCCAGAGCUAAUGCCGUUUGUGCCUUUCUCAGAAAAGGAAUGCAGUCGGAAAUUCAACCUCUUUCUCGAUCGAGGAACACUGUGUACAUUUAUUGAUGCUGGGUUUUUGGGUGGGUGGGUGGCUCUGUCUCUUUCUCUCCCUCACACUCUCACUCUCUCCCUCCGAGGCUUCACCUCUCACUGCAGUGCCAGAAAAUCUGUCAGAACAUUUGUGGUUGUUAUGGUGACGGAUAUAAAGAGAUGAGUGGAAUGUAGCUGAAAUAAAGACUGGAUAGGGCAGAAAAGAGGGAGAAGGCCGAUAGCUUGCUAAAUGUGGACGCUGCACCAGAAAAGGGAAAGUAAUCUGUUCACAGAACUGAAAAUCCUUCAGGAAUCAUUUCAUGUUUUUUUUUCUUUCUUCUUGUAUUGAGGGGAACAAAAUAAGGUGCACUGCAUUUCCAUCUGUUAAUUGCUGCAUUUCUUCGUGUCACCAUGACAACUGGGAGAACUGUCAUUUCUUCUGGUUGUGGCAGCACUUUUGCAUGACAGUGUUUGUUAAAAUGCUGCUUAAAUAGUUAAAGUGGGAAAUUUUUAACUGUAAGCAAGAAAGAUGAGAUAUUUUUCUAAUGAAAACUGAAGGUAAAUUUGUUUGAGAUUGAACAGAUCCAGUAGGAAACAGAAGAUUCCCUUUUUGUAUAAUCUGUUAUUUUCACAAUAUUAUUAUGAGCAACAAAGAUGAAUUUUUAAGUAUAAAAGUUUGGACAUUUAUACAUGUUAGCAAAUGUCAGAUUUUAACGGUCUCCAAAUAAUAAUCUGUGAGUCUUUGCUUUUAUUUUUGUUUACAUGAAAGAGCAAGAUGUGAGGCUGUCAAACAUUACAUCACUGUGUGUAUUCCAUUAGCAGUGCAAUGAGUCCUUCAUGUACAAUCUUCAGGUGAAACAGGCUUCAGGAUGAGCCACUAUAUACCCAGAAAAUGUACUGAUGUGAUGUGUCCAUGGGAAAUCAAGUUCGGCUGCACAGACGGGUUGUAUAAGCUUUUCACAGGUCUCCGCAGGUCAACAUCACCAUGCUGGUAGUUGCAGCGCAAACAGGUCCAUAAAUAGGACUGAUAACAGAUCCCUCAUGUGAACACUCCCUCACUCAACAAGGAGCCACUUUCACAGAAAAGCCUGUCACUGUGUUUCCGACUGUUCUUUGCUUCUUUAAAAAAAAAGUCUAAAAAGCACUUUGGGUCCUGGAACACUGGAACAUUUGGUUCAAUGUGCUCUUUAUUGUAGUUGUAGCAUUUUUUAAAUUUAACCAAUAAGUGACUUACACUGAGUAAGUAUGAGUAAUACUUUCUUUAAACCAAUACUUUACAUUUAAUGCGCAAAACAGUUUUGUAACAUAUUGAUGCUUUUUAAAUACUUACCUGAAUCAAGAAUACUCUUAAUACACUUGACCUUUAAACUUGUUCAAUAAACUUUUUAUAUUUGGCUGAUCUUAACUGGAUUUGUGUAGUUGUAAUUUUUGUUAAACAAUUCUGAAGUACCUAUCCAAAACACAAAAAUAGGACCAAAUCUGACCAAUCCAAGUGAACUGUAGAUGAAGGAAAAAAACUAAUUCCAAGAUGUACAAUGUAAGCUUUUCUGCAUACUGUUUAACAUGGUCUUUUUUAUUUUUUACAUCAAAGCUGUAUUACACUGACAUAUGUAAAUGUUUCCUUUUUAAUGAAUUAGAAACAUACUUUUGAGGAUGCAAAGUUUAAUAAAGCUUACUGCACCAAG